UGAGAACUACAGUUCCCAGAGAUCACUAGGCGGUGCGCGUUUCCUGUUGUGAAACGUACCGUAGUAGCUCUGCAGUGAGCAUUUUGUCUUCUUAAGAUGUGGAUGAUGUGAAUAGGGGAGGGGAAGAGUGCACUCCUAGCCACAGCACAGCCACUGAAUGCAGUAACAGCGUAAGCAUCAAAACACAAUGCUGCAACACUGGCUGAGCGAAGCUUUAUAGCGGGCGAGGCUGGUGACUGUUAAAGGAGUCAGCAUUCUGACUCUGACAUCUAGACAGUUAAAAUAUAUACACUUUAUUACACUGGAUAACAUAAGCUAGAAUGCAGACAUCGUCUUUCAAGAUUUUGUCGUGGAUAUGUCUCCUUGGAGCAUUCUAUUUGGUCCAUUCCAGAGGUCCCUCUUGGAGAACAGGUUCAGGGGAUGUCUUUCUGGCACCUAGGCAGAGGAGAAGUGUAAACAGAUACAUUGAAAAUACCACAACGAUUCCUCAUCGGCUUGUUUACCGUAUGGAUAGUGAUAACGAAAUCAGCAGGGUUGAGCUAAACGCCAAGAUCCUAGGAGAAAAGAGCAACCCAGAAAAGUCCAGACACAUCGCUCAGGCCAGUUUCCAGAUUGAUGCAUUUGGAUCCUCAUUUAUUUUGGAUGUAGAGCUCAACCAUGAUUUACUGUCCUCUGUAUACCUUGAAAGGCACAUUGAACAUGGAGGAAAGACAGUGGAGUCAAAGGAAGGAGAGCACUGCUAUUACCAUGGCAAAAUCCGUGGAAACAAUGCAUCUUUUGCAGCUUUGUCAACACACCAUGGUCUCCAUGGAAUGUUCUUUGAUGAGACUUAUGCUUACCAUAUCAGGCCUCUUGAAAGUGAAGAGUACAGUGAAGAUUUCAAAUCCCAUUUGGUUUACAAGUCUCGAGGCUUUGAUUCUCAGACAGUUUCCCUACCAGUUGAAGACACUAACCAGAAGGAAACAUCAGAAAAGAUACUUAAAAGGAGAAAAAGGCAGGUGCAUCGAACUCCUCGAAGUGUCAAAGAUGAAACAAAAUACAUUGAAUUAAUGAUUGUAAAUGAUCAUCUAAUGUUUAAAAAGCAUCGGUUGUCUGUUGGCCAUACAAAUAAUUAUGCCAAAUCCGUUGUGAAUAUGGCAGAUUUAAUCUACAAAAAACAGCUCAAUACAAGAAUUGUGCUUGUUGCCAUGGAAACAUGGGCUACUGACAACAAGUUUAGUAUAUCUGAAAACCCUCUUGUGACUCUUCGGGAAUUUAUGAAGUACAGAAGAGAUUUUAUUAAAGAAAAGAAUGAUGCUGUUCACCUCUUUUCGGGACAAACAUUCCUGAGCAGUCUUAGUGGGGCUUCAUAUGUUGGUGGAGUUUGCUCCUUACUGAAAGGUGGCGGAGUCAACGAGUAUGGCAAGAUGGAAGAAAUGGCUGUCAUUCUGGCUCAAACUCUUGGCCAAAAUCUUGGCAUCUUCACAGAUAAGAAAAAGGCUCUUAAUGGAGAAUGCAAAUGUGAAGAUACGUGGACAGGGUGUAUCAUGGAGGAUCAUGGUUACCAUCUUCCCAGCAAGUUUUCAAAAUGUAAUAUUGAAGAAUAUCAUGAAUUUUUAAACAAUGGAGGUGGAGCUUGUCUCUUCAAUAAACCAUCCAAGCUUCUGGAUCCCCCUGAAUGUGGCAAUGGCUAUGUCGAAGCUGGAGAAGAGUGUGACUGUGGAACACCUGCGGAAUGCAAACUUGAAGGAGGAGAUUGCUGUAAGAACUGUACCCUAACGCUUGGCUCAAAAUGCAGUAAUGGACUUUGUUGUGAUGCUUGCCAGUUCAAGCGGAGUGGUAGUAUUUGCCGAGAAGCAGUGAAUGAUUGUGAUAUUUCAGAAACCUGCACAGAAAACUCCAGCCUGUGCCCUGCAAAUGUACAUAAAAUGGAUGGCUACACCUGCGACAAAAACAAGGGGUUUUGUUUUGGAGGGAGAUGCAAAACAAGGGAUCGACAGUGUAAAUAUAUUUGGGGAAAACAGGCAACAGUUUCAGAAGAUUAUUGCUAUGAAAAGCUAAAUAUCGAAGGGACUGAAAAGGGCAACUGUGGAAAGGACAAGGACUUGUGGAUCCAGUGCAAGAAAAAAGAUGUUUUCUGUGGAUAUCUCUUGUGUGCGAAAGUCCCUCCACUCCCAAGAAUUGGAGAACUUCGAGACAUGACUGCAACUGCUGUUUCUUAUCAGGGCAAAUAUUUGAACUGUAGUGGUGGGCACGUGAUGCUGGAUGAAGACACAGAUCUGGGAUAUGUGGAAGACGGAACACCAUGUGGAGUUAAUAUGAUGUGCUUAGAACACAGAUGCCUUCCAGUGCAAGCAUUUAAUUUCUCCACUUGUCCUGGUACUUCUGAUAACCAAAUCUGCUCUGGACAUGGGAUUUGCAGCAAUGAAGUAAAGUGUGUUUGUGAUACCAAUUAUGCAGAUAUUGACUGUAGUGCUUACUUUCCAUAUGGAGAAUUGUCAAAAAUUGACGGAGCAGUAAGAACUAGAGGUAUUGUCAGCACAAAUAUUAUUAUAGGUGCUAUUGCUGGCACUAUUUUAGUGCUUGCUCUUGUGUUAGGAAUAACUGCAUGGGGCUACAAGAACUAUCGUGAUCAGAGAGGAGAACCACAGGGAGAUUAUGUAAAAAAGUCUGGCGAUGUUGUCAACUCUUUUUAUAGCGACAUGCCUCCAGGAGUCAGCUCAAACUCCGCAUCUAGCUCUAAGAAGAGGUCUGCUUUUCUGUCGCAUUUUCAGAUUUCUACCUGUUCCAUCCCACAUUAUUCCAUUAGUCAGAACUUUUCAUUGUUUGGCAACAGAUCAAAUGGACUGUCACAUUCAUGGAGUGAAAGAAUUCCAGAUGCAAAACAUAUUUCUGACAUCUGUGAAAAUGGGCGUCCCAGAAGUAACUCAUGGCAAGGAAACGUAGAUGGGGUCAGUCGAAAGAAGCUAAGAGGAAAAAAGUUCAGACCACGCUCAAAUUCUACAGAGUAUUUAAACCCCUGGUACAAAAGAGAACAUAAUGUUACUAAAUGGCUAGAAGAUGUGAAUAAAAACACUGAAGGACCCUAUAUUAGGGCUUUGUCUCCUGCCAAGUCUCCUACAUCAUCUACUGGGUCUAUUGCCUCCAGCAGAAAAUACCCUUAUCCAAUGCCUCCUCUUCCUGAUGAGGAGAAAAAGGCCAACAGGCAGAGUGCUCGGCUUUGGGAAACAUCAAUCUAAAACAAUCGUUUGACAUCCUUGACGAGAGCAGGACUAUAUUUCUUUCACAUUUUUAAAAACAAAAAAACUUAAUACAAAGAACUUAACUGCCCUAUUGAGAGAGACCCAGUGACUGAAAUACAAUCAUCAUUGAAGACUGUCUCAUAUUCUUAACUCCUGGAGCAAUUUUUUGAAGGCUGCAGCAAUUUCAUUCUUUAUAACAACCAUAGUAUACCAAGAUGUUUUAAAGGACAUAAACUAGAUCUGCAACAGACAUUUAGCAUGAAUAUUUUGUUAAAAAAAACUAAUACAAAUGAAAGUUCCUGGCCUGAACAGUAGUCUCAUCUUCGAACUGUGUGACACUCAUUCCAGGAAUUAAAAAAAAAACAACAACAAAACAAAGAACUCGAUUUAUAAAUACUGUAUGUUGAAGCACGUGGUCAUUUUUGACAGUCUGCAUGCAUGAACACUUCAUACUUAUUUUUUGAAAUUCAAAGGAAGCGACAUAUUAGGAUGAGGCAUGAGAAGAAAGAAAAAGAUUUCACUACUACGCUGUGAAAAGCUCAAAAUCUUCUUGGGAAUAAUUAGUUAAGAGUGUAUUCAUUUUAACUGUAUAUUUAUGUACAAAACAGAACUAUAUGUCUGAAAAGACUUGCAAUAUCACAACUGCCGCUGUAUGAAUGAAAAUGUCAGAAAUGUAUGUAAAGGAGACUGCACAGCUGGUGCCCAUGUAUUACAGCAGUGUAUCUUUUUGUUGAUACUGGCAUGUAAUACAAACAUAUGCUGGAAAACUGUCCCACACAAGGAAGGCUGUUCUAAGGUUGGUGGCAGCAUGUGUCCCGUGUCAUUAUUUCUGCAUAUACAUUUUCUCUGAAAUCUUAUGUCUGGUGAUGGCUAUGAUAGCCUUCACACAACUGUGCACUGCUAAAUAGUUUACAAUAAUGUAAAUAUAUAUAUAUAUGUGUGUGUAUAUAUACCAUAAGCAUUAAUACUGUGAAUGCCUAAAGUAUUUUAUAAAUAAUAUUGUUACUGAUGAAAAGGAUACAACCACUCUAAAAGAAUAUUCCUACAUUACAAAGAUGUGUAUAAGUUGCAACUUUAGAAGAAAAUAUGUUGACCAUUUUAACAAUGGUCUCUUAGUAAACACAGAGCUGUUAUUUUCUCGGAUUUAAUGUCCACUGUAAAAUAUUUCAUUUUGAACAUUUUUCUUUGUUUUUCUAAAUCACCACUGAAAUGAGAAUUCUGGUUAUCUUAUUCAUGGCCUUGCUUAAAAGUGUUAAAAGUAUCCAAGCUGGUUUGUAUAAAAGACAGCAUCAGAUGAACUACGAGUCUAUUAGUUUAAAUUUUUCUUGAUUUAAUUUUGACUGGCUUUUUUAUUUGAAAAGUGUCCAGAAUUAUGCAGUUUGUUUUGUACUGUUAAACCUCCAUAAUCAUAACUGUUCAUGUCUAUGUGUAUGUAAUUAUAUUUAACAGAUGUAUAAAAAAUGUAUCAUGUACAUAUAUCUGUGGCUAGUCAAAGUAAUAACAUUUUAGAAUGAAUUUGAAUGUAUAUCAUGGAAGAAAACUGAUAGAAACAUGCAUACAUUUAGCUUCAACUAUUCUAGAAUAACAGCAGUUUUAUAUACUGCAUAUUCUAUAUAAUAGCCAGAAUCUGUUUAACAAGAGGAUACAAAUGCAUUUGUGCAUUGUAUUUAGGACAGCAAGCCAAAUGUUCCCAAGCAUACAAAGUCCUGAUUUCUCUCCUGAUAGCUGUUAGCCUUAUAUCUCAUCUACAAAUAGUAAAUUCCUUUAUGACAAAAACCUGACAGGGUGGAGUACUUGCAGCUGAAGCAUGCACAUAAAGAUAUGGGUUAAAGAUUUAAUUGUCCAAUAUUCUGUAAAAUGCAACUGAUAACUGUGCACGUCUCUUGAAACAAAACUGCAAACUGAUAAAGUGGUAACUCGCUAGUGUUCUUAACGUUUUGUAUGAAUAGGACAGCUUACAUAAAAUGCAAACAUAUCUGCUCCACACAUCUCAAACUUUUAUUUAUUUCAUUUUAUUUUUUCUUUUUGACAAACUGGUGAGAGAACUGGUCUACUGACCCUUUUCAGCCAAGACGUGGGCAAACAUCUCUUACUUUAAUAAGAAAAUACUUAUUAAAUUUGAAUAAUAUUAACUAAAAAAGAGUAGUCAAUCGCUGCUAGCUUGGAAGAUGUGCAAGUAUGAUAGUAACCUCUGACUUUUGGAACUACAAACCUAUAUAUGAGCAAUACAUCAUUUUCAAACAUAACCCCAGCAUGAACUUUGAAGUCACUAUCUAUUAUUUCAUGACAGGCAUUUUGAAAACAUAAACAUUGUAUUUCCUUAUAAGUAAUUGUAGAUAAAUAAACUUAUAGUAAGGUAGCAUGCAGUUAAACACUGGUUCAUCUCUUAUGUUUGCCUUUUAUUUAUAAUACCUUAAUAAAAUAAACGUUGCUUUGGA